AUGCCGCAUUAUAAUAAUGUUCCGUAUCACGCAACGUUUCUAUCACUUAUUUUCUUGUCAUCGUUUUCCACUGUGAAUUGUCAGUUUCUUGAAAUUUUCGGAUUAUCCACAGGCGAUGCUGGAACACAUGACCGAGGACCGUUCCAGGAUUUGGCGACACAAUCCGUGGGCCUCAUGAAAUUUUUACAAACUGUCCAAAAGAAUCCAGAUAACAACCUUGCCAAAAAACUAAAAGAGCCAUUACCUUCCAUGAACCUGGUAGAUGGUGUUCCAGUAGUGCCCGGUCUUCUCGGAAGUCUUCCAGGAGCUGGAUCCUGCCUACCACGUGGAUCACCACUGAUCAAAGACAAGUCACCAAGCUUCUUCCAAAAUAUCUUGCGCAACAUACCGGGCGCUCAGGAUUAUCUGGCCAGUUUAUUGCCAGCGCCAAAAGUCGACGUCAAAGCAUUGUAUGGCAAGUUCCAGUGGGCUCUAGACACCCCGUCAGUUCACAAUCGAUACUGUGCAACUACUGAAUUUAUGCCUCAAGCCGAAUCUGGAAACUCUUCCGCUUUCAGUUUGCAAGAAAAGUUCAGAGCAGGAAAUGUUGAUGCUGGAGAGAAGGUUGCUUUUGGAUAUGGUAUUAUUCACAAAGAAAGGACAUAUGUAUACAUGCAAGACGACCCAUGCCCUUACCAAAUUGUGGUAGUCGGACCAAUAAACAAACAACACAAACAAUAUGAGUACCUUAUUCUCUCCAACUGGGCUAGAUUCCCAAUGAUUGGGCUAGUUAGAGACCUCAGGAAGUUUUAUACCGACUACAAAGACCAGGUGGAGACAGAUUUGGAGAAAGCAGGAUUCAUGGAUGAUGUGACUGGAAGCAACCCAAUCCAUUAUGCUGACUGGUCAAAGUGCAAAAAGGCAACACCAGUAAAUUAUCUCACAAAUGUUCUCACGGAUCUUUUUGGAUAA